AUGGAAAUCGACAAUGAGCUGAUGCUAGACGAGUGCGCUUUCAUUGUUCAGCAUGACUGGCAUAGAAGCUUGUCGUCUGCGCCGUAUAAUUUUUUUGUCGGGUUGAAGAAGCCGGGCCAAGAUAAGACGAAAUUCUUCGAUGCUAUUGUGGAUCCGAAAACUGGAGACAUCGAAAUCGAGAGGGGCGAUGGCAGUUUUACGGUUGCUUUGAGAGGCAGAGCUCUAGAAGUGGCUUGUGCGUCCGGGCGUAAAACGUAUUUUCUUGCGCCGCUGGUGGAAUACGGAGACGUACACUCGGCACCGAUCGCCUCCUUGGAUGUUGCAUCUUCAGGCAACAUGUUCCUCUCCACAGACUCUUAUGGCGCCCUUCGAGUUUCUGGAACGACUGACGGACGCCCUUUGAGAGAACUGAAAGGCCAUAUGCUCCACUUGACGGCUCGGCUUUUCCCCUCGGAUCUGGUCGUGCUCGGUGGCGGCGCGGAUAUGCGACUACGCGUCUGGAGCGUGGAGACGUGCGAGGUGGCGCGGACGAUGAAAGGACAUAUGAUGGCCAUCACCGACAUCGGGAUCAUCGGAGUCGGGCGUGAGGUUGUCUCUUGCUCCCGGGACGGCACGGCCAAGAAGUGGAGUUGUGCUGAGGGCGAUUGUGUAUUGACGUGGGCGCCAGAAUCUGGGGAGUGCAACGCGUUGGCUUUGAACCCGGCUGGUUCGCUAAUUGCCGUUGCCUGCUCGUUGAACAAGAUUGCCGUGUACCCCAUUGAUAGUUCGGAAAUGUUCUCGCGUUGCUCUGCUGCGCACAACCCGUGGCAACAUCGAAAAGCUGAAAUGGCGAAAUGCUGGGAUCUUUGUCUGUUUCCACGACGGGAGCGUUGGACUCUACGACUCCGUGAAUUUCCGAGAUCACCCCAAGGUAGCGGGCCCGACUGUGAUCCGGUCUACGACAUUGCCUUCAACCAGGACAUUAUCUACACCGGAUCUCGAGACAAGCUCAUCCGAAAUAUGCUAUCGAAAGAUCUCCUCCGUGCUCGCCCGUUGUUCAACAUAACGUCGAGGGGCAAGCGCAACAGAUUCAAGCCAAAGAUAGCAUCCGUACGACAGAACAAGAAUCCUUCUUCUAUGGCCCUCGACCAUUUCGACUUCUAUUACGGCCCUAUUUUCGGGAAGAAGUGGCCAAGCAUUCGACUUGGAUUAUUGAUGCCGAAUCAAUAUGUCGCAGUUGUGAACACGCUCUCAAAGUCUUGGAAAGCCAACGUGCUGCUGUUAGAAGAAGAAGGCACUGUCGAUCUGCUCGAGAAAAUCCAGGGCAAAUUUCGCGACAAACGACAGGAGGACAAAAUUCGAGAGAUGUCCCAGGGCGCUAAAAAAGAUGCGGAUCGGCUGUUGCGGGAAAAUCAGGAGCCUGGCACAUCGCUAGACCGAAAUUUCGCGCUCCAAGACACCGAUGAGAUGCGCGGGGAAGCCGGCCUCAAAGAAUUCGCUUCCUCGCCCGGCGAAUUCUCGCAGUACGACCAGCAGCUGGGGCUGAAGUUUACGGAAGAGCAGAAGCUGAAAGAUAUUCAGGUCACUGGCUUCGAAGGCGAUGGGCUCGAAUUGCCGAUACGGAAGCACGCGUUAAAAUACCCGAAAGAUCUACGCAUCCGGACAAUGCAACGAGGAGAUAUUUCACGAUAUCCGCCACCGCUGAAAGAUUCGGACGCCGUUCCAGGGUGGUGGCUGCUGGAUGGCGGCUCUGUGGUCCCGGUUUUGGCGCUAAAUUUUGAGCAGGACGACACGUUUUUGGAUCUUUGCGCGGCGCCCGGUGGCAAAAGCCUGCUUUCCCUGCUGACAGGAUUGCCAAAAAAGAUUGUGUGCAACGACUAUAAGCUUGCUAGGCUUGGAGACCUGAAGCGGUCAUUGUCACUUUAUGUGCCUGCCAACAGUCCGGCGGCGGGAAAGGUGAUUCUCAAGCGAAAAGAUGCCAGUGAUGUGGCGGGUUGGGAUGAGAUUGAGGCAUACGACAAGGUGCUCGCCGACGUUCCCUGCUCGUCUGAUCGGCUAUCUGUCAGCCAGGAUGAAGGCACUCUUUUUGAACUGCAGCAUACCCAGAAACGGCUUGACCUGCCGCAGUUGCAGACGAAGAUUUUAGUUAAUGCGUUGAGAUCCGCGAAAAAGGGCGGUUCCGUCGUCUACUCGACCUGCACGCUAUCGCCCGCCCAAAAUGAGGCCGUCGUGCAGAAUGCGGUGGCCAUCGCCGAGCAACAGUUUGGAAUUCGGGUGGUCGAGGAAUCGCUAACCCUUCUGAAGCGUCAUCUCGAGCUGACCGGGCUCUUCCGGUUCGCGAACAACACUCAACAUGGUCUCCUGUUACUCCCGUUUAUCCCCUCGAAUUUUGGGCCGAUGUACAUUUGCAAAUUGCAUAGGUUGUUG